UAGAGAAGAUGCAGUACAACCAACCGCCGGCGGGUCCGACGGGCUAUCCCUAUCAAUCGCCACCACCGAGCUACGAGCAGGUGGUGCAUGUCCAGGCGCCAGUUCGAGUGGUUCAUGGCGGAGUACCACCUCCAGUGGUGAUCAUACAACACCAAUCUGGACCACCCGUUGGACCCGAUCCCAGCUUCGUCAUGUGCCCGCACUGUCAUGUCCAGAAGCUUACCCGCGUGGAGUACUCGCCCAGCGUGAAAACCCACUGCAUGGCCGCCCUCAUCUGCUUUGUGGGCCUCUGGUGUUGCGUCUGUUUACCUUAUUGCUGGCCCAGUUGCAUGAAUGCGAAUCACUUUUGCGGCAACUGCAACAAGUUCGUGGGCGUCUACAGCAGCGAUUAGCAUGAUU